AGACACCACCUCCAUUUAUUAGAGCCCAGUAACGUUUCAUGAGAGGUCCUGUCUCCUGAUUGCCACGGGAGGGUGAAUUGCUACAUUAUUUUAGCCAGGGAAUGAGUCACACAGUAGAACUGCUUUGUUCCUGCGUGCACUGGGUAGAGAUCAGCUUUGUUUUAUUGCUUUUUAGUGCGUAUAAGGAGCUGCCGGUAUGAGAAACAAGCAAGCUCCACUAAUCAAAGUGAAUGUCCUUUACCCAGAGAUAGAACGUUUGUGCGGUGGUUCUGGAGCAAGUUCUCGUUAUUUAGCAAUCCGAUCUGGAGAAGCUGAGCGAGUUAAUAUGUGUAUCACUGCUACAAGCAGAAGAGAUGGCAGGGGUAACAAUAGCAAUGUGCCUGCCAAAAAUUCAAGUAGUCAUCGUGAGCAACAUCUUGGGGAUUGCAAGCAAGAAAGCAACAGAGGUAAAUUAACGCUUCCACUUCCGUUAUUUCUCCUGGAAAAGAAAGAACGUCCGUUCAAGAGACAUGCUUCAGAUCUUGUCUUGAAAUCAGAGUCUGGUCUCAACAUUUACCCUGAAAAGCGAGCACGGUCCUCUUCAUUUACAUUUCAUCCAUCCUGCUCGUCCUCUCAGACAGAUGGUGCCAAAGAAAAACGGACUCGAUCGUCCUCGUUUACAUUGUUGUCUGCUUUCCCACCAUCACCACCAGGAUUAAAGAACAAUGUGUUCAUGCCUUCAUCACUGCUACAGGAACAUCCUACGAUUAACACCAGCAACCAUGGAUGUUCACAAGCCUGGAAUGUGAUUAAACCAGCAACCUUGCAGCCGCCACAAGUACCCCAAUGCAUUGAUGGAAAAAGGAUGGUAUCUGCAGCGGACUGUUUGAAAUGUCACCUUAAAGACAAGAAGGCCACUGAUGAAAACUUCAUCACCUCAAUGGAUUUUGGCAGCACAUCAAAACAUGGAAGUGGACCUACCUGUGUUUUGGACUUAAGAACAAAAAGUCAGCCAUUUGACCAGAGUUCAAGGUUGGACAAAAGCUCUUCAGAAUUUGUUUUUGGUGAAAACAUGGAUAAGCGAGUUACGAGACCGCAGAAACCUGCACAGUCUCAGACGCCUGCAUACCAGUACAAAUGUGAAGGCACCUCCUCGUGUUUGCAGACUCUCAGGAGUGUACCUUAUCAGAAACCCUGUGCCAACACAAGCCUUGCUGAGUCUGCCGCAGUGUAUAGUUCCAUGCCCAGGCAGAAGUAUGAGUUGGAUCAAGUUGAAAUCAUAACUGGAGAGGAAUCUGAGCGCAAUGUUCUCCAGGUAAACUGCAAGCUUUUCGUUUUGAACUCCACCAAUCAGAUGUGGAAUGAAAGGGGCCGAGGCUACCUACGACUAAAUGAUAUGGCAAGCCAUGACAGUGGGAUGUUCCGAUCACGAAUAGUGAUGAGAAACUAUGGCAGCCUGAAACUGAUCUUCAACAGCAAAAUCUUUGAUCAGAUGAAAUUAGAGAGAGCCAAUCGAAGGAGCCUUCGUAUCACUGCCACAGAUCUGACGGACAACAAUCUCAGAGUGUUUCUGAUCCAGGCCAGUGUGAAGGAUGCUGGACGUCUUUAUGCUGCAAUCCAUCAUCGGCUUGUAGCGUUACGGACCAGUAAAGACCAGGAGCAGAAGGUGUCGUUCUUACACACCGAAGAUGACUUGGAUUCACUUCCCUUAAACAGUGAGAGUGAGAGUAGCGAGGAUGAAGAGGAAGAUGAAAUGACAAGGUUUCACAUCACUGAUCACCACCAGUGGAUACGCAGACAGCCUGUCCUGUAUUCCUGACGGUGCGCCCCAGCUUGAAGGCAUUCUUGUGAUUUUAAUAUUCUAUGCAAUGGCACUUCAGAACCGUAGUGCUGGACUUAGUGGGUUGUGGGAUCUCAUUUAACAAACCAUCCAUAAUUACAUACUGGACUUUAAGAAGAUGUAGGAAUUUAUAAAUAAUCUCUGAAUAUAUACAUGAAGACUAAACCCGUGCAAAAGAAAGACCAACUAUUGCAUACUUGUACAUAGAAUCUGAUCUAUAGGAGUUCUACAUCUGCAGGAAUUAGUCGAAGAGGACAUGGGACAUUUGAUUUCCACCACUGCGAUGUGUGUAGAAACUGUUAUAGACACAAUAGACUGACUCAUUGCAAUGGAAUAAAAAGUAUGUGAUGAGUUAUUAGGAUAUCUCUGUUUAUACCUCAGAAAUAAUGACUUUGAGCGCACUUUAAUUGAUGGAUCCUGCGCAUUCCUUUUAAAAAUAGUGUGCAAGAAGAUCCAGAAUGCGUCUACGCUUUAACUUGUGUCAAGUUCUGCACUACCCUGUAAAACUGGCACUAAUACGCUCCCAUGCCUACCGAUCUGGAGUUAUAGCAUGUGUUUUGUAUCCGUCCAGAAAGGUAUAUUAUAUGAAUAAGCAAUGAUCAUUCAUCAUAUUGAUGGCUAGAAUCUGUUUUGACUUUUGUAAUGAGCUGUGAUAAUUUAUUUUUAAUAUUCAGCCAUAACCAGAUAUUUGAUAAGUUGAUGACUGUUGUUCACAGUGGCCCAUCUUAUGAUUAAGUAAGACUUUAAAAGUCGAGGAGUUUAUUUUAUCUCCUGCCGCGUUUAUAAAGGUGCUGUUUCCUCUAGAUAGAAAAGUCUUUGAAGUGAAGCAUAUAAAAUUUUAAAGGGGAACAAUCACUUCUAUGAGAAUUACACCAUUGCAUAAAACAUAUUGGAAAUAACCUGUAACUUGUGUUAAUGUUUUCCCACGUGAAGCUUCCUUUUACUUUAACUGUAUAUAUAAAGAUUUAUCAAUUGACAUCACAAUCCAGUUCAGUCCUGGCACAGACAGGGCACACAUAACAUUGAAAGAGGAGGAAAAAUCUAAAACUUUGCUUCAUCACUUAUCUCUGUGCUGACUUAGAGGUGCGAAGGCUGUGAUACGGCAGCACUUAUAACAAUGAUUGACAGGGAGCCAAAAUGCAGCAAUUUAUUUCCCGAAUAGAGAAAAAUACAAUGGUAUGAAUGUUUAAACCGAAUUUUAUUUUUAUGUACACUAUCUGGCCAUUCACAAACCCUAUGGAUUAUUUUCAUAGCACUAAAUUUAAUUGUAUUCAAUAGACUAGUUGAAACAGCACUUAUUGUAUAUGGCAAUUGGGCUAGUGUGUGCUACAUUUUAAACUAUUUGUUUACCUAAUCUGAUAUGUAUUUUUGAAAUUGUUCUACCUAUAUAUAUAUUCAUGUAUACAGAUUUAGAUCUCUAUUUUAUUAAAGGUUAUUAUAUGGUAGUGUAAUAAAUAAACUGACCGUCUAUUUAAUGGAAUAUGUUUGGCAUGCUUGGGACAGAUCAAUCCUUCUGUUUACACGUUUAAUGUAAUUUCAUAUUGUUUGCUUUCUGUCAUUAAAAAUAGCCAUUUCCAGAA